AUGACCGUACGCCAUCGCCGCCAUCGUCAUCGCAACGUCGACGUCAAAACGAUCAAGAAGAUCUUCGAGAAGCACUCGACCGAUGAGCACAAGCUCAACGAUUCGGCGACGAAGGCCGCCCUUCAGGAGAUCGACCAUCAACUCAGGGAUCUCAACUUCAAGGAGACGUUCGAACAGAAUUCCAAAGAUGGCCUUCUAGAUUUUGCCGGAUUCUUGAAAUUCGUCGAUCCGCAUUCGGCAUCGAAAGAUGACGGCCACCAUCAUCAUCGUCAACAUCGUCAUAUCAAGGAUAGAUCGUCGAGCUCCUCGUCGGAAUCGGACGACGAGAAGAUUGUGAAGCACAAGAAGAAGAUUGUCAAGAAGAGGGCCUCGAGUUCAAGCUCCAGCUCGAGCUCCUCCUCGUCGGAAUCGGAAGAUGAGGAUGACCGCAAGAAGCAUCACAAGAAGCAUGUGAAGCAUCACCACAAGAAGGCUGAAUCAUCGAGCUCUAGCUCUUCUAGCUCAAGCUCGUCCAGCUCCUCCUCAGAAUCUGAAGAUGAGAAGCACGCCAAGAAGCACCACAAGAAGCAUGUGAAGCAUCACCACAAAAAGGACAACUCAUCGAGCUCAUCCAGCUCCAGCUCGAGCUCCAGCAGCUCGUCCAGCUCCUCCUCAGAAUCUGAAGAUGAGAAGCACGCCAAGAAGCAUCACAAGAAGCAUGUGAAGCAUCACUACAAGAAAGCUGACUCUUCGAGCUCAUCCAGCUCCAGCUCGAGUUCCAGUAGCUCGUCCAGCUCCUCCUCAGAAUCUGAAGAUGAGAAGCACGCCAAGAAGCAUCACAAGAAGCAUGUGAAGCAUCACCACAAAAAGGACGACUCUUCGAGCUCAUCAAGCUCCAGCUCGAGCUCCAGCAGCUCGUCCAGCUCCUCCUCGGAAUCUGAAGAUGAGAAGCACGCCAAGAAGCAUCACAAGAAGCUUGUGAAGCAUCACCACAAGAAAGCUGACUCUUCGAGCUCAUCCAGCUCCAGCUCGAGUUCCAGUAGCUCGUCCAGCUCCUCCUCAGAAUCUGAAGAUGAGAAGCACGCCAAGAAGCAUCACAAGAAACAUGUGAAGCAUCACCACAAGAAAGCUGACUCUUCGAGCUCAUCCAGCUCCAGCUCGAGUUCCAGUAGCUCCAUCACCACAAGAAAGCUGACUCUUCGAGCUCAUCCAGCUCCAGCUCGAGUUCCAGUAGCUCGUCCAGCUCCUCCUCAGAAUCUGAAGAUGAGAAGCACGCCAAGAAGCAUCACAAGAAGCAUGUGA